CGCGCAUUGGGUACGUCGAUAGAUUUCGCUCAUUGUGACUUUACUGGUCAACGCGUUACAAACUCUUGGAGGCGCUCUACUGUAAAACGGCCGUAUUGCAUGUAACAGUGCAUUUCCGCCGUAUGUUUAUACGAAGGGUUACCGUGUGGCACAACUUGCGCUAGUCGUCAAUGCUUUCCGUUAUCUUUUACCUGUGUAAACUAGACACUUAUAUCGGAUAAAACAACGCUGCAACACUACAGGUCCUCGAGGAAAAGGCUACAGCCUUGACGUGACGUAACCUUUGAGCUUAGCCGGUACGCGUAGACGGUCCCCGCCACAUGCACAUGUACAGACAUAAUGAAGUAAAAACUGACGUUCGGCACCCAGCCUAGCUGGCCAGCUGUGCGUGCUCUGAUGCAGUGCCUCUGUGAAUCUUAAUUAGCUGAAAUGGACGCGGAAAUCGAAUACUUGCAACUCUCUAAUGGAGUCCAAAUGCCAGUUCUCGGAAUAGGAACUUCAAAUGUAGGCGGUUACAGUGACGAAGCCGUGGUGCAUGCGUUAGGACACUGCCGAGUACGCCACAUCGACACGGCCAGGCGCUACCGAUGCGAGAACCUCGUUGGGGCGUCCCUGAGAAAAAGUGGGGCCGUCAGGGAGGAGGUCUUCAUCACCAGCAAGGUGUGGCCGAGUGAUUACGGCUACCACGAGACUCGAGCUGCGUUCCAAGAUUCACUCAAACAAGUAGGGGUGGAAUACUUUGAUCUGUAUUUGCUUCACUGGCCAAAUUCCCCAGAAGGAACGGACACCAAGAAACUCAUCAGUGAGUCCUGGAAAGCGCUCGAGGAGUUCUACUCGCAAGGUCUAUGUAAGGCAGUUGGAGUGAGCAACUUCCAGAUUUCCGACUUGAGAAAUUUGGAAGAGACCUGGAAUAUUGCUCCACACGUUAAUCAGCUGGAGAUACAUAUAUUCAGUUAUCCCGAAAAGCUCAUUGAAUAUUGCAGAAGUCUUGGAAUGCAGAUCGUGGCUUACAGUCCAAUGGCGAAAGGGGAGGCGUUAACCCACCCGAGGGUGACGGAACUCGCCACGAAAUACAAGAGAACAAGCAGCCAGAUUGUCAACCGGUGGGUUCUGCAGCAUGGAAUUACAACUAUUCCAAAAUCCACCAAAUGUCAUCGCGUAGAAGAAAACUGCAGGAUUUUCGACUUCGCGCUGACGGCAGAAGAUAUGAAAACUCUGGACGCCAUUCACGAAACCGAUUCUCACAGCGUCAUUCGCAUCUCUAGCCCAGCUGUGUUUAAUCGGGAAUGAUGAAGAGUCAACUUUCUCUGGGAGGUUUUUGCUUUAUAAGUUGAAUUUGAGGGAAUUCUUUGCAAGUGGUACUCAACAUCACAAUGAUCUAGAGUUUGCAACUUACACAGUUUCUCGCGCCAAUUUAAGUGCACAAAAAUUUCUUUCAUUAUUACAUGUACAUUGUAUAAUUUGGUACUUUCCAUCGUCGUCGGAGGACAUAAGGGCACUCGACGCCAUUCACUAGACCGGUCAUUCCUGGUUUGUUGAUCGAAUAUCUAACCUGGGUGCUUAUGUUUCAAAGUGAGCAAAAAUUCGUUAUACGCGAGUUCCGCUUGCAGCACAGACAGUGGAGGCAAAAAGCAAUCGAUGUUUUUGAUGUUGUUUUUAAAUUUUCUGCAGUGUGUAUGUUUUGUAAUGCAGAAAGGUGGCAUAUAACCCUAACACGUAUGGCUGAAACGGGCGAUUCACGCUGUCGUGCACCACCAAGAGGCUGCCACAGAGAGGACUUUUAGCAGUGCAUUGUGGGAAAGUGGUCGACAAGAGUCGAUGAUCCCGAAGUGUUCAGAGUAUCGGUGUUAAUUAAUGUAAAAUGGUGGUUUUUGUGAGGCAAGCAAUGCCUCGAUCAAUCACACAUUUUCUUCAACUUGUCUAUUGACAUUCGCUCAAUGCAAAGGGUGCUAUCAUGACAGUCGACUCGACUAGUUUAUAGUCCGAUGGUUUAAUGCAUGGAGUAUGGUCGAGUUGAACAUCUGACAGGAAACCGUAAAUAGGUAUCCCAUAGAUACCAAAGUUUGAUAAAUAUCGUCGCAGAAAAGAAGUAUUAAGAAUAAUGUGAACUUUGUAUAGCUGCAGACACGCAUCGAAUAAAGCUUACAUCCUCGUGCAUUUUU